AUGCCAAAUCGCAAAACACAUCCUAGGCAAAGUGAGAUGCCAGAUGAGGAAGUAAAUGUAAAUAAUAGAAUUUUUAGUAAAACUAAAGAGUGGAGAGUUAGUAGAUUUAAUGGCUCAGAAGAUAUAACUGAGUAUUUUUGUCAAUUUGAAAUAACCGCAAAAGUAAAUAAGUGGACAUCACAAGAAAAAGCACUAUCCCUUUUGCAUGCACUAGAUGGGAAAGCAAGAGGUGUAUUUCACGAAUUACCAGAUAUUGACACAGUCACGUAUAACGAGAUUAAAGAGCUGUUGUUUAAACGAUUUGGACCAUCGAACUAUUCAGAAACACACGAGUAUAGUUUAUCGCAGCUUAGAUUACAAAAAGAUCAGAACAUUCGAGAUGUGUCCCAGGAAGUUAACAGACUGUCAAGGCUAUCCUAUCCAGAGUUAAGUAAUGCCAUGAGAGAAAAGUUUGCAGUAAAACAUUUAAUUAAUGCCAUUGGUAAUAAAGAUAUCAUGUUUUAUGUAAAGGACAAAGAACCAAGAACAUUAGAUGAAGUAUGUCAACUAUAUGAAAAAUAUAAAGUUUUAUCAGAUGAUGGCAAGAGAAGUCAUUCGAGAUCUUUAAUUCAGAUAGUUCAAGAUAAUGACGAGUUUGAUGAUAAGAAAUCCAAUGUUGUUAAACAGGAUGAUCCAAUUACAAAUAUGAAUAACAAAAUAGAAAAAUUGUUCAGCAUGAUUGAUGAGAUUAAACGAGAUAAGUUUGAAACCAGAAAUAACAAUCAGAGAAAAGAUGUUAACAAUAAGUUUGGAAAUAAUAAUAAUUUAGUCAGAAACAACAGUACGAUUGACCAAAGAAAAAGUAAUUAUCAGCAAAAUAACAGAAACUUCAGUCAAGUGAACACUAAUAACUUCAGACAAAAUGUUGGUAGUUUUAAAAAUACGACGAGAUUAAAUCGAAACGUUCAAACAGUAAAAACGCCCUACAAGUGUAACCACGAUAAGGAAGCAUUAGUUCAUUUAGGAGCUGUAUUUAGAAACAAACAUUUAAAAUGCCUACUAGAUAGUGGUGCAGAUGUGAAUCUUUGUCCAAAGAAAUUUGUUGAUGAUUUGAAAAUUUUGAAAAGUAACAAAGAAUUGUAUGCAGUUAAUAACAUGGAGUUAAUAGUAAACGGAACAAUUACACUGCCAUAG